AUGGCUCCCAUCAUUCAUUGUGUCCGCCACGCCCAGGGCCUGCACAACCUCUGCACCGAGAACCAUGUCAUUCAAGACCCCUCCCUCACAGAUCUCGGCCACGAGCAAUGUCGCAAGUUGCGCGACAGCUUCCCUCGUCAUGCCAACAUCGACCUGGUGACGGCCUCGCCACUUCGCCGCACCUUGUAUACCGCCCUCGAGAGCUUCGCGCCCGUCUUCGAGGCAAACCCCGAUCUGAAGAUCAUUGCCCUCCCCGAUCUCCAGGAGAUUUCGGAUGUUGCCUGCGAUACGGGAAGUGAGCCUUCUGUCCUGAAGGAGGAGUUCACAUCGGGCGUUGAUCUGGAUCUCGUGUAUGAGGGGUGGAAUAACAAGCAAACCGGUCGCUUCGUACCAACCAACCAUGCUAUCAAGGAGCGGGCCCGCGCAGCCCGCCAGUGGCUGAAGGCCCGCCCGGAGAAGGAAAUCGUGAUGGUCACACACGGCGGCUUCCUACACUACUUUACCGAUGACUGGGAGGACAGCAGCCAGUUCCAGGGUACUGGUUGGACUAAUACCGAAUAUCGCACAUACACAUUCUCCGAGGAGACCCACACCAAUGAUCUAGAGGGACGUGCUUUGGAUGGCGAUAAUGCUUCGCUGGAGGAGACUGUUGAAUCGCGACAGCGUCGGGGGAAAAGUGGCCCGAUGGCCGGUCGUGAGCAGCAGCAGGCACUUUAUAAGAAGGGUGUUCAAGGGUGGGAUGACCAGGGAUUGCAGAUGAGUACCGCUGAGCGGGAGGCUGCCAAGGUCCCCGAGGGCAAGGAGGUUGAUGGCGUGCGAGUAUAA